ACUCUUUACAGUCUGCACAGCCACUGUCAUUUUCCACAUGUUUUACUUCUCUUUCUUGUCUACCAAGCUUCCUUAUUUUAGGUGUGAACCUCAACCAUUUAAAUGACGAAACAGCUAGUUUUACAUUCUGUUACAGUGGCAUAUUUCACAGCCAACGUGGCGUUCUCUCUCCCUUUAUUCUGUUAUAGCAAAACCUUAUUGUUCUGGAGUCCAGCAGGUGCCGUCACAGGCACAGAACUGAUGUGCUAUGAGUUAAUUGAAAGUACUUGAGAUGUGCUGUAAAAUUAGGGGUGUGGGAAAUAUCAAUUCUCUGAAAUAUUGUGAUAUUUAUUAGUAUCGAUUUCAAAUGCUGCUCAAUCAAUUUUAAUAUUUUUUUAAUGAGUUUUCCUAUUGUGUUUCACUUAAACCCCCGACCGCUAGGUGGCAGCGCACCACAUCAAGUCUCUUUCAGCAGCUUUGUACCUACCAAUUGUGAUACAAGAGACCUCUAGGUUUUCACGUGGGUUCAAGUUAUUUUCAGCAUGCAAAGUCAUACUCUUUUAGAAAAUUGUUAAAUUUGAUCUACUAUGCUAUACGUUCAUACUUGCUUGGUACAUUUAGCGUUUCACACAUUAAGCCCAUGAUGUUCACACUGGACCAGCAGGAAGGGGCUUCUUCUUGUUUAUCUUUAUCUGUAUUUACAAGCAGAUGUCUGCGUCCUAGAGUUAGAAGAAGCUUGAUGCAAAGUGUGGAAACGGUACAAAUCGUGAAUCUUGCUCCAGAAUUUUUCUUUCACAGCACUAUACCAAUAUAUUAAAGACUUUGACUAUGUCCGCAUUCCCACCCUAAUCCUAGCUACUAUAAAAUGACAUAAUUGAUUUCACAAAGUGAAAAUCUACUUAAUAAGAACAUUUUAUGGCGUCUAUUUAUGAAUCCACUGUGGUCUGAUGAAGAAAAUGUGGAUGAUUUAUUGAAAAACUAAAAUAUUUUUUUUCAAAAAUGAUUAAACGCAGUGCAUUGUGGUCCAUAUUUGAUAAUGUAGUGAAAAUAUCGAAUUACAACGGUUUUUCACAAAGACUUCUGGGAAAUUUCUAUAAUUUUGGAAUUGUAGAUUCCCAUAAAGGAAUUCUAACAUGGUGUAUAAGUCCAACCAGACACACCGCAAUUAAUAAUUUCUCCUUCAUGAUCACUUCUGUGAAUGAAGAGGGAUGCCAUCCAUGCGUCACUACUAAAUCUAAGUCCUUCAUGAGUCAAAGUUCAACCUGGUUUAACUUUCAAUGCGUGUUUUGUUCGAACAGCCCAAAAAUGUUGGUAGAAAUUUGCGUAUCGACACACAAAUGCCAGAAUUUUAAACUUGGAAGCCGCAUGUAGACAAGUGUUUACAUAGACUUAUUAUUGGAAGUGGUCGCUUGAACAUUCCCGUGAACAGUGUGAACGUAGCUUUAGCCUCAUAGGAUCGUUAUAUUGUGACAUUGUCUGUCAUGAUACCCAUCAAAUCGCCAAAGUCUUGCCAAUACACAGCCCUAGUAGAAACUUCACCGAAUAUGUUAGGAGGCAUGUUAGCAUCAAGUGCUAGGUGGAGUUAUUAUGAAAGUACUUGUUCAUCAAAUUUUCUGGUAUUUUCUAAUAUUUUUGUCUAUUUUCUCCACUAAUUUUUUCCAAUAUGCUGCUGCCUACAAAUGCCUGUUUCUGUUGUAAUUUUAAAAAUGUCCUUUCCUGGUGUUAUUUCAUUAUUUUUUAUUUAUUAUCUAUUUAUAGUGAGUAUAGAUUUUGAAAAAAAUGCUUUUUUAUGUACUUCACUGAAAGACAAGCACCGUUCCUGCCAUGGAAAUCCCCACUGUCUCUGUUUCCCAAUGUUAACGGGACUUUUUUUUUUAAAGCAUCCAACCUACAUACACAAGAAUGGACAUGUUAAACCUGACCGUAAGCGGGGACGACUCCGACACAUGACUGAUCUCUAACCACAUUUCCACCUGCUGGGAGUUCACCCCAUCGUUUAGGUUUCUGUUUUCCUUUCUCGUCCUCCACCAGUCUAAUGUAAAUGUGAAAGUGCGGUCCUUCCUUUUUUCGCUCCAGUUUUUUUUUUAUUACUGUGGAUGAAGGCUACCAGUUUCUCUAUAGGCCACAGAAACUACCCGAGAGGUAACCGAGAGUUUAAACUGUUUCGUGCAUCGUUUUUUUUUUUUUUUUUUUUUUUUUAUAAAGUCUGUGCUGCUUCCCCGGAUGGCAGAAAUGAAACUAGGAAAGCGGGAAGUAAAUUAAAAAUACAGAAAAACAAAAGAAUAUAUGAAUGUUAAUAGAGGGGGAUUAAGUGUGCAACGUUAAUGGAAAAAAAGCCCCUAACGGGGCAAAAAAGUUGUUAAGAAAAAUAAAAAGAUAACUAAAUGUCACAGAAAUGAGCAUUAUAAUGUUACACUAUCAUCCCCUUUAUAUUAAUUAUUUAUUGUUUUAUUCUAUUUUACUUAUUAAUAUUAAUGAAAAAGUAUGUUUUCUGUAUGUUUUUAACGAGAAAUAGAUGAAUUUAGCGUUUUCCUGAGAGUACUUGGUUUAUGGAGUUUGUACAUUUAACACUAUAAUACCUAUUUAUUAAGGAUUUUAACAUUUCACUCUAAUUUGUUGAAAAGAUUUUUUUUUUUAGUGAUGAUUUUUCCCUCAGUUAACCUUAAAAUAAGAACUUUAUUUGGAAAUGAUUUUUUAAACAUAAAUUGUGCUACAAGUGGAGUGAUAAGGUUAUUAUUGCUAUUUAAGGCUUAACAUUUAAGAUAUUUAUAGUCUCCCACCUAAAGUUCACGAAGUGUUUUCUUUAGAAUUAAUAACAGAAAUAGUAUAAUCAGUCUCUGUGUUGUGUUGUAUGCAUUUUUAUUUGUGCUUUUAUUUACCAGAAUCAACCAUGUGACUUCACACUCCUUAUGUCACAAAAUAACCCCCCUUUUUGUGAAGACUAAUAAAUGUUUAUUGAUAUAUGGCGGGGCAUUUUUGCAUCUUUUUCCCACGGUGACAGAAAAUCAAACAUACAGAAACAUUUCAAUCAGAGGCAGAAGUACGCAGCAGUAAGCCGAAGAGAAAAAUGAAACUGAUAGGUCAUCUGGUAUGACACAGGAAAAGAUCGCAGAGCAGGUAAUGUGAUUUCAUGUGACGAUGACUCUGUAAAAAGCAAAACAAUAGAGUGGGUGUCGCUUACGGGUGGAGGCAUGAAACCCCUCCUAUUCUAGCUUCUUGCAUUGAUAUUUAUUGCUGUUCCUGCUGGACCCGUUUCCUUCUCGCUCAGCCUGUAACAACAAAGGUGCUGCAACACUCCCCGGGGCCAAAUAUCACAAAUACCACAUCCUUCGCUUUUUGGGUGACGAGUCGGGCAGGUUUGCUCAGCAUCUUUGAACAAAACAAAAAAGAGAUUUUAUUCCAAAAUAAUAAACGCGUGUGUGUUGUUUGACUUUCUUUUCUCAUGGUGAAAAGUGAGGUCGUAUAGUGAUGUUUGAUUAGAGUCGGAAAGAAGAAAGGUGAGGUGAUAAGAAAUGCAAACACACCUGUGGGCGUGUCCAAGCUGUCAUGCGUGUCAUACUUAAACCUUUUCUGCUCUCACACCUGAAGCAGGUGUCUCAGCUGAAGCUAGAACUCUUCUCUGCUUCGUACCUUUGGACUGCAAUCGCUUUGCAGACACUUUGGACUUUAACCUGUAAUUUCCUGCUUGUGCUCAGAUUUUUGAUCCAUUUUUGCUCCUAGUAAGAUUUCCAGAUGCUUCUUAAGUCCUAACUUGACAUUUGGGAAUAUUUCUUAACGACUGGAAGUGGAUUAUCUUGGUUUGUGACUGUGAGAGGCCUCGGGUCUGUGAGCGGCGUUUGGGCAGGAUGAUGGAAGAGAUGUCCAUGGUGACGGCCUGUGAUGCACGCGCCAUUGAAGAGAUGAGCGAGGAGGAGAUCCUGGCGUGUCUGGUGGCUGAAACAGAACCGACUUUCACAGUGCCAUCAAAGAAAGCCAAACUGAAGGAAAGCCGGCUUCAGUUCAUGGAUAAAGAGCCGCUGGACACAUAUGUGGAGGAAAACCGUCGGCUUCAGCAGACCAGCCUCCGCCUGGAGCAGGAAAACGAUAACCUCGCUCACACACUGAUCACCAGCAAGGUUCUUCUGAGGAACGCUCUGGACCAGGCGGAGGACAGAGUGGAUGAGCUAACGAAAGACCUUCUGCAGGCCAGACAUCAACUGAAGAUCACAGAAGAAGAGAAAAGAGGGAAAGAAGAGGAAGCCGCCAUGAUGAAGGAAGUGUUACGGAGAGAACUGGAAAAGGCUGAACAGGAAAUCAAGAGGUCUUCUGGCAUUAUUGCUGACUACAAACAGAUCUGCUCUCAGCUGACGCUGCGUUUGGAGGAGCAGCAGGCCGCACACACCGACAAACUCAACACACUCAAGAGUGCGAUCAAGGAUUGCCCUCGUUGUCGCCACACUGCGGGGUCACUUUUGGAAAGCUAUGACUCUAAAGCAGAGCAGCAGACAGGUGUAACUGAAGAAGCUAAAGAGGAGCCCGAUCCAGCUUUCACAGCGGUUGAUCAGAGGAGGCAGGAGGACCAGGAGAAGGAGUCCCUCAGGGCUCAGAUCAGGAACGUAGAAAAAGAGCUGGCACAGACCAAACUGCAAAUGGUGGAGGCCAACUGCAGGAUCCAGGAGCUGGAGCACCAGAAGGGAGUUCUGUCCAACAACCUCCAGGAAGCCAAAAACAGCUGGAUCAAUAAGGCCUUCAUGUCCCUGCGAACGUCCGGCAGUGGGCUUCCCAGCAUUUCCCUACACAGAGACGGACCCCCAGCUUUAAGUCUGCACAGCAGCUCACUGUCUGGACUCUCUGGGUGGACUCCCAAAAAGCUGUCGUGGCCUCACAGAGACAACCGAGCGCACGUCUGACAGCUGGACGCCAAAGAUCUACCGAAGUGCAAUGACAUUAUUUCAACUGUAGCUGCUUCCAGUGUGCAGCAGGUGGGGCUGAGGAGCACAAAACUGCCAAGGAGAGUACCUGAAAGUACACAGGGAGGGGCUUACAUGUAUGUUUACCUUUUCCAAACACUUGUCCUCGUAUUUUUUAUGUAAAUUCCAACAUUUUUUUAUGUAUAAAAGUGAAACAAAAUAAAGCCAGAGUUA